AUGUCGCUCUCCUUGUUCCAAUCGAGUGUUCUCAGGUCUUGUCGAUCUGCACGGGCUGCAGCGACAUCCAGCCUCCGAGGGCCGACUUCCCAGUCUCAGCGAGCCUUGUCCGACCAGGCCCGGUCAUCGAUUCAGACGGCCGUUAAGGCUCACCCGCUCGUUUUGUUCAUGAAGGGUACUCCCAAGAUGCCUCAGUGCGGAUUCUCGAGAGCUGUGGUCCAACUGCUAGAGCUUCACGAUGUUCCUUCAGAGAAGAUGAAAACCUACAACUGCCUGGAAGAUAACGAACUUCGGCAAUCAAUCAAGGAGUUCAGUGAAUGGCCUACGAUCCCUCAGGUUUAUAUCGACGGCGAAUUUAUGGGUGGCUGCGAUAUGAUGAUGGAGAUGCAUCGGUCGGGUGAACUGGGUCGCUUGUUGGAAUCCAAAGGAGUCACAAACAAGCCACCACGGCCAACUCCGCCCGAUCCGCAAGAAAGUUCAGCCUCGAAAGCCCGACGACCUGAAGUAGCGGAAAAUACAGACGUGGCCCGGGACCCAGACGGUCUCCCAACUGCAAGCUGCUUUUAUUCGGCACUCGAGUCCGAUCACAGAGUUGGCGAUAUGACGGUGGACGAAGAGGAGGCCAUCCCUCUCGUGAGCGGGACAUCAUCGCAGACGGAGACGAUCCCGCUCCGCCAUCGGUCGCGCUCGCCGCCGGCCAAUCCGAUCGUCGCCAAUGUCGUCAGUCUGGAGGACGACAGCAAGGCCACAACGCUCUCGUUUAGGGUCUUCCUGCUCGGCUCCUUCCUCGGCUGCACCGGCGCGGCGGUCGGCCAGAUCUUCUUCUUCAAGUCCAACGGCAUCGGCUUCAACAUCUUCCUCAUCAUCCUCGUCAGUUACCCCAUGGGCAAGGCGCUCGAACGGCUGCUUCCCAAUGCCACGAUCUCCUUGACCAAACGCUGGUCUUUCCGCCUAAACCCCGGCCCGUUUACGCUCAAGGAGCAUCUGCUGAUCGGCGUCCUGGCUUCGGGGGCUUCGGGAAGCUCGUAUGCGGGUGACAUUGUGGCCGUCCAGGACCUUUACUACCAUCGUGACAUUGGACAUGUAGGCGGCUUGCUACUUGUCCUCAGCACACAGCUGAUAGGAUUCGGUCUUGCGGGGAUGACCUACAGCUUAUUGGUCCGGCCAACCAACAUGGUCUGGCCCUCCUCAUUGGUGGUGAUGACCAUGUACAACACCUUGCAUUCGCGCUCGAGCGGGAUGAGCUCCUUCAGGCCGCCCGCUGAAGAUCGUCUACUGAUGGCCAAGAAGUUCAAAUUCUUCUCGGUCGUCUUCGUCCUCAUAACACUCUACCAGUUCAUUCCAACCGUCUUCGCCCCCACGCUGAGCAGUAUAGCAGUGCUCUGUCUAAUCAACAAUCGAAGCACGUUUAUGCGAGUCCUUGGAUCGGCCUACACCGGUGUUGGCAUGUUUUCGUUGAGUUUUGAUUGGGCAGUUAUCACUUCCAUCUCGCUCCAAACACCCUUCUACUCGUCAUGCAACUAUUUUGCGGGCUUGGUAUGGUCGAUGUGGAUAUUGGUGCCGGUGCUUUGGUACUUUGAUUUCUGGAAUUAUCAAAGCUUUGGCGACAAUGCAGUUUCGUCGCGACUCUUCAACUCCAAAUAUGAGAAGUACGACGUUGGGGCAGUGGUCAAGCCAGACCUAACAUUGGACCUAGAGAAAUACAACCAAAUGGGCCCCAUCCAGCUGACACCCUACUUUGCACUGUUCUUGACGUCGGCCAUCACAACGGUGAUCCUGUUCCAUUCUGACGACAUCCGGAUGGCCAUGGACGCGCGGACCAAAGCGUCAACCGAUGCACACGUCGAGAUGAUGGAGAAAAGCUAUGCCAAAGUGCCCGCUUCGUGGUACAUCAUGAUUGGCACCAGCAUGACUAUCGCCGCAAUCUAUGUGGUCGUCGCCUAUCCUCUCCAGAUACCAGUGUGGGGACUGGCGGUUGCACUAGCUCUGGCAUUGUGUUUUACGAUCCCCCUAGGUAUCAUUAAGGCGACCUCCAACACCGCCAUAGGCUUGCACGCAAUCACCGAGCUCACCGCUGGCCUGUUGUUCCCUGGCAAGCCGCUUGCGAAUGUGGUCUUCAAAGUAUACGGCUACAUGACCAUGCACCAAUGUCUGGAUCUGGCCGCCGAUCUGAAGCUAGGGAUAUACGCUAAAAUCCCGCCGAAGGAUAUGUUCAUCAGUCAGGUCCUGGGCACCGCGAUCGGUGGGGUGGUGAACUACAUCUUCAUCCGGCUCGUCAUUGCUGAUAAGCGCGAGUACUUGGACGGCACGAUCGCCGACCCGACCGGGCAAUGGACCGGGCGCAAACCGGAGCUGUUCUACUCUGGCAGCGUCGUGUGGGGUCUGAUUGGGCCGUUCCGAUUCUUCUCCGUGUUUUUGCAUGGCUCGAUCCAGCCGCCGCGGCAGCCGAACAACAUCAUCGUCGGCGGGUUCAUCUGCGCGUACGUUUCGCAGUACUGGGCCCUGCGGAAGCGGCCGGUCUGGUUCCACAACUUCAACUACAUCUUGUCGAGUGCGUUGGAUGCGGGGACGAGCAUCAAUGCGUUGAUUGUGUAUGCGCUGGCGUUGAAGGGGUUCGAGUGGUGGUGGAACCCUGCGGUUGAUUCGGAGCAUUCAGCAGCAUGUCCGCCCGCUUCCGCCCAGGAAUCCCCCAAUGGCGAGCACCAGCUCCGGGCAGUCGACUGCCAGCAGCAGCAGCCCCUCGCCCUGGACCAGCCCCAGCCAUCCGAAUUCACCCUCAUCACCCCCAGCCUCCAGACCCAGCACGACUACCCCCACCCCAGCAACCACGACCAGCAGACACCCCCGCCCUACGACGCAUUCACUUCCUCAGAUAUCACCCCAGCACUCCAACGACUCCUCGCCUACUGGAAUACCACAACCCAACAGGACCCACUCCCAGCCGACCUCGGACUGCAGCACUCAUCUCCACCAGCAGACAACACCCCGCCCCAGCCCUCCGCGUGGUGGCUCGACAUCACCUGUCCGACCAGCGCAGACAUGCACCAGCUCCGCAAGAUCUUCCCCCUCCAUCCGCUCACCAUCGAAGACAUCCUCCACCAGGACACCCGGGAGAAAACCGAGACCUUCCACAGCCUGGGCUACUACCUGAUCUGCUUCAGAGGCCUGGACGAGUCGAGCUUCAAUCUCAAGACCCGCACCCUCAACAGCUCCAAGGACGGAAUCAUGCUCUCUUCGAUCAUCCGGCGCAGGAAGAACGGCGCCGGCCGGCCGGGAGCAGCCCGGCGGCGCAGAAAGCCCAACAAGAUCGUCCAGGUGCGCGACUCGCCCACCCCUCACCCCAUCCUGCAAGAACACGGCCCCGACCCGCGUGCUGACCCUCAAUCCCGGACCGCCCAGACGACGGCCGACCACAGCCUUAACAAGACCCUGGACGGCGUAGGCGUCGGCGCGGUCAACAUGUAUCUCGUCGUCUUCAGGGACGGAAUCAUCUCCUUCCAUUUCGAGAACUUACAGAAACACAUCGACCGUGUCAAGGAACGAAUACACAGCUUCAGCACCGACACCGGCCACGUCUCUCCGCAUUGGAUAGCGUACGGACUGAUGGACUCGAUCGUGGACGAGUUUUUCCCGGUGCUCGAGCUGAUCGAGGCGGAGACGGACAAGAUGGAGGAGUACCUACUGGCGGACCCGCUAGGUCUGAAGAUGCAGGAGGGUCGAGGAGUAGGGGAAAGGCGACGACGCCGGCGAGGGCGGCGAGGGCGUGCGAAGGGAGGUGGGGGCAGUAACAGCAGUGAGACGGGCGGCGGGAGCGCGGGGGCAGCGGAGCGGCUGAAGUCGGACGCCAUGAUCGAGCGCGCUCGGAUGCUCACUCGGAUCACGACCAACCGCAGACUCGUCGUCUCCCUCGCCCGCCUCAUUGCGCAGAAACACCAGACCGUCGAGGCUCUCCGGAAGCGCAUGAGCGUCGAUGGCUUCGUCGGCCCGACGGGUGGCGGGGGGGCUCGGGCGGGAGAGCCGGAGGGCCGGUCGAUGGAGAUCGGGCUCUACCUGGGCGACCUGCAAGACCACAUCGUCGGGCUGAGCCAGGCGCUCUCGUUCUACGACACCCUGCUCUCGAAUGCCCAUUCGGCCUACCUGGGCAUCCUCCGCGUCGGGCUGCACUCGGCCAAGCAAGCCCAAGACGUCAUCAUCAUCCGUCUCUACCUCAUCACGCUCAUCGUCCUGCCCAUGAACACGCUCAUCGGCCUGCACUCCAUGAACAUCCAUAUCCCCGCCAACGGGGACAUGGAGAACCAUAGGCUGGCCGACGGCUCCCAGUACUGCUUGUGUGUCUCCCCGACCCGCCGCCUCCCGCCCGCGUCCUCUGCGCCGCUCGGCUCGAGCCGCGCCCAGCCGUCUUCUUGUCCCUUCUCUUGCCGGGGAGGAACAGCUGAGAGAGACAUGGACGGCCUGCUUGGGCGUCCGGGCAAGUCCCAGGUGCGAGAUGAGCGCCAUCGCCGAGAAGAAGCAGCCCGGCUGGAUCCAAGCUCCCACACGGCCGCAAGAUCAUCGCGGCAUGCACCCGGCAAGAAUUUCCAUCGGCAGAUCGACAUCGCCGACCCACUCGCGCCGCCGUGGAUAGCUCCCCCCCGGCUGGCGGGCACAUCCGGGCGUGCGGAUCCGCGCGGAAGGGCUCCCCGGAGCGUCCGCCGACCUCUGUCGCCGAGCCGCCCGCUCAGAGCUCGCGCUCCUCCGUCUGCCGCGACUUGA